GUUACCCCCUCUCCAGGAAGGCGCGGCCGGCGGCAGCUCCGGAGGCUCGGGGCUUCUAUGGCUGCAGCCGCGCUGGGGGCUGGGGGCUCCCGCUGGGACUCGACUUCCGUGGAUGCCUAAGCUUCACCUUUCCUGCGCCCGCAGGGCCAUGACUCAGGUGAAAGGAGGUCAUUUUCUCAGGCCCCUGGCCUCAUGCAGCCCUUCAGCAUCCCCGUGCAAAUCACACUCCAGGGCAGCCGGAGGCGCCAGGGGAGGACAGCCUUUCCUGCCUCAGGAAAGAAGAGAGAGACAGACUGCAGUGAUGGAGACCCACUAGAUGUGCACAAGAGGCUGUCGUCCAGUGCUGGAGAGGACUGAGCCAUGCUGCUGGGGUUUGCCAUGAUGGGCUUCUCAGUCCUAAUGUUCUUCUUGCUUGGAACAACCAUUCUAAAGCCUUUUAUGCUCAGUGCUCAGAGAGAAGAAUUGACCUGCACUGCCAUCCACACAGAUAUCAUGGAUGACUGGCUGGACUGUGCCUUCACCUGUGGUGUGCACUGCCGUGGUCAGGGGAAGUACCCGUGUCUUCAGGUGUUGGUGAACCUCACCCAUUCAGGUCAGAAAGCUCUCCUACAUUAUAAUGAAGAGGCUGUCCAGAUAAAUCCCAAGUGCUUUUACACACCUAAGUGCCACCAAGAUAGAAAUGAUUUGCUCAACAUUUUUCUAAGCUCUCUGGACAUAAAGGAAUUCUUCGAUCACAAAAAUGGAACCCCCUUUUCAUGCUUCUACAGUCCAGACAGCCAAUCUGAAGAUGUCAUUCUUAUAAAAAAGUAUGACCAAAUGGCUAUCUUCCACUGUUUAUUUUGGUCUUCACUGACUCUGCUAGGUGGUGCCCUGAUUGUUGGCAUGGUGAGAUUAACACAACAUCUGUCCUUACUGUGUGAAAAAUAUAGCACUGUAGUCAGAGAUGAGGUAGGUGGAAAAGUACCGUAUAUAGAACAGCAUCAGUUCAAACUGUGGAGUAUGAGGAGGAGCAAAGGAAGGAGCAGAGAAAUCUUAAGACUGUGGCCAAAGUGCUGGCCUUCAGAUGUCUGUGAUUUCCGCAACUGAGGAUCUAAUUAUGCAUGUCUGCAAACUAACAAUGUAAAAGGUAAUAAUUAAAGUUAAGUAUCAUAUUUUCAUGUGGGAAAAAAA